AAGGGGACCCGAGCGAUGGAGAUCGCCCGGGACUACGCCGAAGCCCUCAUCAGGCCCCUGACAUUUAUGAGAUCACAGACUAAGAAAGUCCUACUAACUCCCCUCAUGCAUUCAGCUCGCCCUUUCCGGGUCUCCAACCAUGACAGGAGCAGCCGGCGAGGGGUGAUGGCGAACAGUCUGAAGGAACUCCUCAGCAAGACCCUGGAUGCCCUUGUCAUCACCAGUGGACUGGUCAUUUUGGUGCUGGAAGAAGACGGCACCGUGGUGGAUACAGAAGAGUUCUUUCAAACCCUGGGAGACAACACGCAUUUCAUGAUCUUGGAAAAAGGACAGAAGUGGACACCGGUUAGUAACUCCAUCCCAGCUCGCCAGCAGCCAAAGAAAUCAGGAAUAGCCAGAGUCACCUUCAACUUGUACAAGCUGAAUCCCAGGGAUGUCAUUGGCUGCCUCAACGUGAAGGCCACCAUGUAUGAGAUGUACUCAGUGUCCUAUGACAUCCGGUGUACAGGGCUCAAGGCCAUGCUGAGGAGCCUGAUGCGCUUCCUGUCCCAUGCUGCCCAGGCGACCGGACGGUUUCUCAUCUACACGGGCACAUACAUGCUCCGGAUGCUGGGUGACACGGAAGAGCAGGCUUCUCCCGGGUCACGCUCCAGGCGAGGGUUCACGUGUGAAUAGGGCUGCACGCUGCAGGGGCUCAGCCAGCUCUUGACACAAACAUUCCCUCUCAGAUGACGAAUUUUGAAGAUGCUUAUGUUCUCAACCACAUGCACUUGUAGGCUGCCGGGCACUUCUGCUCAGGAGUGGUACCCAGGUGGAAGAAAUGAGGGCUGUGCAGCGGAUGCCCGGAAGGGGAGGAGAUGUGUAGGGGCCUCCGUGGGGGGAGGAAGGGGCCAAAGAGCAGGAAUGUCUUGGGUGGCUAAGGAGCAGCACGCACACGCAUUAGGCCUUUCCAGUUCCUCGCCUCCUGCAAUAAACCAAUCACAAGAGUUACUUUUAACAUGUAUAAUACUUCUUGUGUCUCUUUCAUCUCCCCCCAAAAAACACAAAACUUUCAAAUAGAAGCAAAACUCAGCCAGAAAUGUUCUGCUGACAGAUGUAAUCGUUUUUAAGUCUUUAUUAGUUCUUGGUGCCACAGAAAUAACGAGCUGUUAAAUGUUACUAUGGGUUGUUUUUUUUUUUAUAUAGGU